AUGGAGUCCCAGUGCGACUACUCGAUGUACUUCCCGGCAGUGCCGCUGCCACCGCGCGCGGAGCUGGCUGGGGACCCGGGCCGGUACCGGGCGCUGCCCCGGCGCAACCAUCUCUACCUGGGAGAGACUGUCCGCUUCCUGCUGGUGCUUCGCUGCCGGGGGGGCGGGGCGUCCGGCGGCGGUGGCCCCGGCGACCAGGAUCCCGAACCCCCAGGGGGCGGGGAUCCUGGCGGUGGGGUGUUGUUUCGAGGCUGCAGCCCCCUUCUAACCCACGGCCCGAGCCCUGCUACCUCAGGGGGAGUGACCACGCUGCCUGUGGAGGAACCAAUUGUGUCCACAGAUGAGGUCAUCUUCCCACUCACUGUUUCACUGGAUAGACUGCCCCCAGGGACACCUAAGGCCAAGAUUGUAGUAACUGUAUGGAAGCGGGAGGUUGAGGCACCAGAGGUCAGAGAUCAAGGCUACCUGCGCUUGCUGCAGACCCGAUUUCCUGGGGAGACCUUCCGGGGAGAGCAGAGUGCUUUCAAGGCCCAAGUGAGUACCCUGCUGACUCUGCUGCCCCCUCCAGUUCUGAAAUGCCGCCAGUUCACUGUGGCUGGAAAACACUUGACUGUUCUCAAGGUGCUGAACAGCUCCUCCCAGGAGGAAAUUUCCAUCUGGGAUAUCCGAAUUCUCCCAAACUUCAAUGCCAGUUAUCUACCUGUCAUGCCUGAUGGCUCUGUGCUGCUGGUGGACAAUGUCUGUCACCAAUCUGGGGAGGUCUCCAUGGGCUCCUUCUGUCGGCUCCCUGGUACCUCUGGCUGCUUCCCCUGCCCACUCAGUGCCCUGGAGGAACACAACUUCCUGUUUCAGCUGAGAGGGGGUGAGCAGCCACCUCCAGGGGCCAAGGAGGGCCUAGAAGUCCCCCUGAUUGCUGUGGUUCAGUGGUCCACCCCAAAGCUACCCUUCACCCAGAGUAUCUAUACCCACUACCGUCUGCCCAGCAUUCGCCUGGAUCGCCCGUGCUUUGUGAUGACUGCUUCUUGUGAGUCCCCAGUUCAGACCUACGAGCGUUUCACUGUCACCUACACGCUGCUCAACAAUCUCCAAGACUUCCUUGCUGUGAGGCUCGUGUGGACCCCAGAGCACGCACAGGCUGGAAAGCAGCUGUGUGAGGAGGAGCGCCGGGCCAUGCAGGCUGCCCUAGACUCCAUUGUCUGCCACACGCCCCUCAACAACCUUGGCUUUUCCCGGAAGGGCAGUGCACUCACCUUCAGUGUGGCCUUCCAGGCUCUAAGGACAGGGCUCUUUGAGCUGAGCCAGCACAUGAAACUAAAGCUACAGUUCACUGCUAGUGUGUCCCAUCCUCCGCCCGAGGCCCGGCCCCUCUCUCGAAAGAGCAGUCCUAGCAGCCCAGCGGUCCGGGACUUAGUGGAGCGGCACCAGGCUAGCCUGGGCCGGUCUCAGUCCUUCUCCCACCAACAGCCCUCCCGCAGUCACCUCAUGAGGUCCGGCAGUGUGAUGGAGCGCAGGGCCAUCACACCCCCUGUGGCCUCCCCAGUUGGCCGCCCCCUCUACCUGCCCCCAGAAAAAGCUGUGCUCUCUCUGGACAAGAUUGCCAAGCGCGAGUGCAAAGUCCUGGUGGUGGCGCCUGUGAAGUAGCACCUUGCCAGCUCUUUUACACUCCCAGAAAUCAGAUGCUUCUGGAGGGGGUCCUUGUUCCAGGCUGUGCCUCCCUAGGGAUUCCUCCUACUGUGGGUGAGGAGGCCCAACAGGGUUGCCUGUCUGUGUCUGCUGAUGAGGGAAGAAGCUGUGAAAUGGGCGGGUAUGUCUGCAUCAUUAAACCAACAGUAUUUCCCUGACUUCCUGGGGGGGCUGGCCCCACCCCUUGGUCAGGGCAAGGGUUCCAAGAGUUCCCUUGUUCCCCGCCUUGUUCCCUGGUUCUAAGUUUACAGUGUUUUCUCAUUCCUGUUAAGUUGUCUUUUGUGCCUCUGACAUUCCCUCCCACUUACCCA